AUGCCAACCAGCACUAACAUCAUCACUGCUUUCACUAGCAUGCCAACCAGCACUUACAUCACCACUGCUUUCACUAGCAUGCCAACCAGCACUUACAUCACCACUGCUUUCACUAUCAUGCCAACCAGCACUUACAUCACCACUGCUUUCACUAGCAUGCCAACCAGCACUUACAUCAUCACUGCUUUCACUAGCAUGCCAACCAGCACUUACAUCAUCACUGCUUUCACUAGCAUGCCAACCAGCACUUACAUCACCACUGCUUUCACUAGCAUGCCAACCAGCACUUACAUCACCACUGCUUUCACUAGCAUGCCAACCAGCACUUACAUCACCACUGCUUUCACUAGCAUGCCAACCAGCACUUACAUCACCACUGCUUUCACUAGCAUGCCAACCAGCACUUACAUCACCACUGCUUUCACUAGCAUGCCAACCAGCACUUACAUCAUCACUGCUUUCACUAGCAUGCCAACCAGCACUUACAUCACCACUGCUUUCACUAUCAUGCCAACCAACACUUACAUCACCACUGCUUUCACUAUCAUGCCAACCAACACUUACAUCACAACUGCUUUCACUAGCAUGCCAACCAACACUUACAUCAUCACUGCUUUCACUAGCAUGCCAACCAGCACUUACAUCACCACUGCUUUCACUAUCAUGCCAACCAACACUUACAUCACCACUGCUUUCACUAUCAUGCCAACCAACACUUACAUCAUCACUGCUUUCACUAGCAUGCCAACCAGCACUUACAUCACCACUGCUUUCACUAGCAUGCCAACCAGCACUUACAUCAUCACUGCUUUCACUAGCAUGCCAACCAGCACUUACAUCACCACUGCUUUCACUAGCAUGCCAACCAGCACUUACAUCAUCACCAACGCUGCUACCAACACCUGA